AUGAAAGAUAAUAAUGGAGAAUAUGUGACACGGGGAGGGGGUUCAGCAGAACCGUUUCGGCCGGUUUGGCUCGGAUGGUGUCCAUUCGGAGGACAUUUGCCAGGUUUGGAGGGGGGGACUUCGUGCCGUCGGCUCUCAGGGCGGGGACGCGAGUUUCACGCUGGGGAGGCCGGUGAAGGGGACCAUCCUGGGGGGAUCUGGCGGGGCCGUGGGGACAAGUUCAUCCACGGCUGGCUGUACCCCAAACGCACUCGGGCUCUGCUGCGGGACUGGGCCUGUGGGGGCCGCUGCUGCCUAUGCGUGACUCUGGCUGCUGCUGCUGCAGGAGGGGCGGCUGACAUGUCCAGAGACCAGGGGGGGCCGCAGGUCUUCGUCAUCAUCUGGUUCGGCUCCAUCAUCAUCACCCUCAACUCCAAGCUGCUGGGCGGCACCAUCUCCUUCUUCCAGAGCCUGUGCGUGCUGGGUUACUGCAUCAUGCCUCUGACGGCGGCCAUGGCCGUGUGCCGGAUCGUCCUGAUCGGCGGCUCGGGGACGGUCAGCUUCGCCGUGCGGCUGGUGGUGGUGACGGCGUCCUUCGGCUGGUCCACCUUCGCCUCCACGGCCUUCCUCGCCGACAGCCAGCCGCCCAACCGCAAGGCGCUGGUGGUGUACCCGGUGUUCCUCUUCUACUUCGUGAUCGGGUGGAUGAUCCUGACGUUCUCGCCGUCGCAGUAGCGGGGAGGGAAGCGGGAAGGGAGCGGAGCUAAACUGACAAAGAUGAAGGAGGUUUCUGUGAAGUGAAAGAACUCAAACAAACACCGGUAUCUGCCUUUUGGAACGAAUGACUACUGAACGGACGGCGAGUUUUUCUGGGCCUCUGACUCACGAAACAUCAAAAUACUUUAUUCCAAACGAACUCUUUCAGGUGAAGCGGCGGCUGGCGCUCAGAGGAAGCCGGUUGACGCCGUGCUGCAGAUGGAGAGUUAAAUAUCUGAUGAAUAUGUUGUUCCAGUUUGUCUCCCGUGUGUUCACGAGCCGUGUAAAUAAAGUGCGUAGGCCUGUAAAUAGAAAUACUCUAUGAAUGUUUGAACGAGCAGGGCUAUGAUUGUGUUCUCUUCCUCACACUACAUCCUCCAUUAAUAGACAGGAUUUUAUGUUAUGCAGGGUGACGGAGAGCAUUUAGUUUUUCCCUUUUAAGUCGACCCUCCGCAGCAGUUUUCUUUUAGUACUUUGGGGUAAUUUUGUUUUUUAUUAGACAUGACAGGAAAUGAUCAGAGCAAAGUAAAAGCAGCAAAGGUCUCCAGACUAGAAGAUCUCGAUUCACAGCGACUCCUUAAACCUCCAGCACGUUGAGUCGACAGCGAAAGCGAUCUGACACUUUGGUGAACAUCACUUUCUUUCUGAGAGUCACAUGAGAAGAACUGAUGGUCUGUAUGGUGAAUAUAAAGCUGCAGCCAGUUAGUUUAGAUUAGAAUAAAAACUGCAGCAGCUCUAAAACUCAUAUUUAAGGUGUUUAAGUGUGAAACUGUUAAUUCUUACAUUUUAUUUUGAAAGGUGCGAGGAAACAUAGUUAAAAAGAAACCUGGAGUGAACUGAAGACUACAGACUUCCUGUUCAGGCUGAUUGUUCACCUUUUACUAACCCGCCUGACGACCUUUGACCCCUGCUCUGUAGACAGAUAACCCUGUCCUCGAUGUUCUCCCAAAUCACUGGGGCUACUUUUUCUUUUAAUUUAUAUGUACCCAUUUUCAUCAGCAAAUGAAAAAUAUUAAAAUAUAUUUGAUCGGCUGUGA